CGUCCGUUGAACGUAACGUCCGCUGACUUCAGCUCAAUUGUGUUACUGUUACCAUCUCGAACUGAAAUUUAACUUUCGGCAUGAUGUUUGCAAUUAUUUGAGGAGCAAUUUCAUUAUAAUUUUUAAAUUAUUAUUACUAUCCAAAAAAAAAAAAAAUAUUAUGUCCGAAAAAAUACAGAAAUAUGGUGCGAAUAGGGCCAAACCGUAUGAUAAAUCACGUCUUUACAAGAAACACAUCGGCAACAAAUCUGAGGGACAAGGUUUUGCUGACCUUAGAAAACAGAAAAUCAAGAGAGGAUAUUUUAAACUUAUGAAAAAACAGGAUAAAAAAAAACAAAGCGAAGAAACACCACAAGGAAGUAAAGAUAUCACAUCUGAUGAAGAAACUUUUUCUGACAAACAGGUCAAGUUAAAGCGUGACAAAAUAGACAAGUUGAACCGAUUUUCCAAAGCUAAAGAAGAAUUUCAAAAGAAUAAAGAAGAAGAAAUCAGGAAGAAAGAGGCAGCCUUAAAAGAGAAAGAAGCCAGAGAAGAAGCACUAAGAAAAUAUCAUGAAAGAAAGAAUGAAAAACACAAUAAGUUUAAAUUAAAAACAAGUAAAGGACAACCUAUUAUGAAAUAUAGGAUGCAAGACUUAUUACAACAAAUACAAACAAUGAAAUCUAAGGAAAAACAAUAAAAUGCCAUUAGUUUAGUUGGAGUACAGAUGAAAUGUGAUUUGGUUAUUCAGCAGACGCUAUGUAUAUUUCCUGUACAAAAGUUAUGUAUUAUAAAUCAUUCAUGGGUUAUGUGAUUUCAUGAAGGAUUAACUUCAACUGAUAUGGAUUAAAUUGCUAGUUUUUUUCAUCGAACAGCACAUUUACACUAAUUUUACUCAUCUGGAUAGAAUAUUGUCUUGGAAAAUUUGGUUAAUCAUUCUUCAGGAAAGUAGCUAUUAACCAUAAAAUAUUGAUAUUAGAUGCCUAAAGGUAUUACUGUUGGCAAAAUCCUAACAAAGUUUAUUUAAAUUUCAAAA